UUAUUCUGCUCGUUCCAGUGAAUCUGCUAUGCGAAACAACUAUAGUUCUUUGGAGUACAGCCGGACAUGUCAAGCGGCAGCAUCAGGAAUGGCUGCGGGUAAGAGAACAAAAUUUACUUUACAAACACCAUCGUGCCAAUCCCAUGACAUUCCAGGAAUUUUGGGAUUGACGGGUAUACCUGGCUUCAUUUUCUACUUCGUAACGGUGGCGAUUCAAGCGUUAUUCUGGGAAGCCAAAGCCGGAUUUGAGUGGAAAUCGUAUUUUCUUGAUCGAACCCUUUCUGUGACAUAUUCCAUUGUUGGAGGCUUAUUCACUUACAUUCUCUUUUGGGUAUUUUUGUACGGAAUGGUACAUGUCUACUAGUC